AUGGCUUACUUCCGCGCGACAGAUUCCUCCGCAUUUGGUCAUCUCAUUGACGUUAAUUAUACCUGGAUGAUGUCGGUCACUCUUCACACCACGCACGGCGACCUCAAGGUCGAGCUUUUCUGUGAAGCAGUGCCCAAGACAGCAGAAAACUUCAUCGCCCUUUGCGCUGCCGGCGCAUACAACGACACCCCAUUCCACCGUCUGAUACCCGGCUUCAUGAUCCAAGGCGGCGACAUUUCCCUCGGACCAGCAGCAAACAGUCAAGGCACAACUCCAAUGCUCCCUUUCGACGAUAUUCCCAAAGGUGGCACGUCGAUCUACCAUCCCUCUGCCCUAAACCAAGAAAUUCACCUUCCAGCUCUCCGACAUAAUACGCGCGGAAUCCUCUCCAUGGCAUCUCGACCCGUCAAGAACCAGACAGCACCCGGCUCUCAGGGUGCUACAGGCCCUACGAUCAAUGGAAGCCAGUUUUUUAUCACAUUUGCUGCAGCACCGCAUUUGGAUGGGUCGAGCACUGUGUUUGGGAAAGUGUUGAAUUUGACGGCAGAAGAUGAGGGCGGCGAUGUUUUGAGUAAGCUGGAGAAGGCGAACGUGAAAACCGACAAGAAGGGAAAAGUUGUUCAGCCAAAGGAGAAUGAGGAAACUGAGUAUGAAACUCUCCGAAUCAACAGGGUCACAAUUCAUGCCAAUCCGUUUGCCACUUGA